AUGUCUGUAGCAGAUCCCAGUCCGUCGCUGGACACUGCUCCUGAGGACUGGCCCUACACUGCAGAAGGUGGCGCCCACAUCGUCUUCUCGUACGGCGGACCAUCUUCACCAGCGUACGACGGGAAGGUCCUCCGGUUGCGCAAGCCCAAUUGCCCACUGCCGUCUUCAGAUCACCAGACGCUACAAAACAAGUGGAGGUAUGAGCUUAUUCCCAGGCUUCUUCCGCGAGAACUUUUGGCCGAGUCCAGGGAGGUUAUUGUGGAGGCUGGUUGGUUCAGAGAGUUGUUGAUCCUGGCAGACAAAGUGAGGCCGGACUCGAGAAAGCAGGGCGUGGUACUGGCCGAUAUGGUGGAGACUUCUGGGAAUGGUCUUCUCAUGGAUGAUGCCACAGCGGUGGUGAAGGAAGGCCUUGAGAGCUUGGCAGUCGAAAUCAAGCCGAAAUGGGGAUUCCUACCUAGUCCGACUCACAUGUGCCCACCCGAAUCUGUGCCAAUCAAGUCCCACAUAUCUAGAUUCACCCUCCAUCGCCAUCUCAAAGGCCACGACGAUGAAAAGAAUUAUGACCCUUUAGAUCUGUUUUCUGGACAGGAACAGAGGACAGAAAGAGCUCUGGACGCGCUAUGGGCGACCUGGGAAACCUCCCAUGGAAAGGGAAACAAUUGGAGAGUAUUUGUGAAUGGUAAUGAGACCCAUCCCGAUCAGGCAAGUGAGUUGUUCUCUCCCAAGGGCACACUGUCGGCACAAACAUCUUCUUUUUUCAUCCCGGUACUUCUCUCCUCCCCAGCUCUACAAAAGCUCAAGUCUUUACAAUCCACACUCGACCCCACAGACAUAUCUCACAUCGCCACCCUUUUCCACGCUGCAUAUCCCAACGCUCCCCUCUUUGAUCCCGAGCUUAUCCCCGACAUCACCCUUGCCGAGCUCGAAGAGUUCUUACAGCUCUACCUCUCGGACCCAGAAGCGGGCAAGGAUGUUGAGAAGUGGGAUCUCAGGCAGAGGAUGGUCGCCUACACCCUUUCAGCCAUAUUCAAAGACUGCUCAAUCUUUGUCAAAGUUGUCUUGCACAAGACCCCUGAGGAAAAAUGGGAGUUGGUACAGGGGAGAAGCUCGGUCAAGGUCAUUGAUCUGGAUGUGAAACCGAUCAAAAAUAUGAAGCGUUGGGCGGAGACGGAUGAGAAGAUUUGGAAGUACUGGAUGUCUACCAAGGGUGUGGGGGAAUGA